GCAUGCGCACUUAUAAGGAAUCAGGCAUUAUAGACCGAGUACGUUACAAGACGUUUGUCAUUAGAUAUAUUUGUAUUAAAGAAGAAACAUGGUUGGAACUAAUACCGUCGUGUUUGUAUGCGCGCUGGCCGCUCUUCUAUGUGUGUCCAAUGUGGAUGCAGCCUUCAAGUGUUACGUAUGCAACAGUCUGACGAAUAGCGCCUGUUCGGACAAGUUCACUGGAAGUUCUUCUUUGGAAAGUACAGCCACGUGCCUGGGCUGCACCAAGUCAAAGGCAAGCGGACUUGUUAUAAGAACCUGUUCUGUGCUUGCUGGCAGCGGAUGCGUGACGUCGGGCGAUGAUGCAGUCUGUACCUGUGGCAGCGAGCUCUGCAACGGCUCCAACAACAUUGCUGUUUCCAUGGCAACGCUCCUAGGAGCCACACUCGUCGUCCUCUUUUCUAUUUAAUAAAUUUAAAAUGUCAUGGCUGUUCGAAAACAUACUUCAGCAUACAAUAAUCUUUCUUAAUACAUGCGACAACAUGUACCCUAGGUCGACCAUCAACAGAUAAGAUAAAAUUUAAUAUAAAUUUUAUAAAAUCAAAUUGAAUGUAGAUAUAUUUUAAAUGGCAUAAAGUUAUACAUGCCCGAUUGUUUAAUUUCAAUAAUAAAUGAUUUGGUGAUACAAUAGAAAAUGGUUCCCUAAAUCAGUGUUUGUACUGUCGUUUGCUUUUACAAUGUUCUUUUUCUCAAACGAAUUUAAAAUGUUAAUAAAAUAUGCGGCAUACAAUCACAAAAAUGGACUAACUGUCAGAAUCUUCUUUUCAUUAGUUUCUUUCUUUUGUGUGUGUAGUAAAACAUAAAAAGCAAACGUAGUAGUGUGCAUAUUUAUGGCAUAUACGAAAUCUAAAACCACAGACAUUUAAGCAAGUACAGUUUCCAGAUUGUUUAUAUUGUUACACUGAUUUACCUUAUAAAGCAUUCCUUUUUCAAGUAUCAGCACAUGACCACUUGCACUAAAAAUAUAUCCAUGGUGUUAAUGGUUUUCAUACAGUUUAUUAUGAUUUCGUGUCUUUUAUAACUGAUUUACUGUGUUGACAAAUGAAUCACUUUAAAAUGACAUUUUUUUACUAUCAAACGAAAUGGUUAGCUCCUUGUAAAAGGCAUGAUACAUAAGCCUUUACGUUAUUAAUGCUAUCAGAAGCAACAAGAAAAGUUAUUUAUUUUGUAUACACGAAUCACCUAUUAUAUGUACAAUUAUAUGUGUUCAUAUGGAAGCAAAUAAACAUCUUUUUUCUA